AUGGCAGUUGAUAUUCCACGUUCGGUGAUUCAGAAAUUGAUGGGGUUCACUGUGGCAAUGGUGGCGUUACCAUUGUUGACUUUUUUCAUAACACAGCAAUUCACAGAAAAUACUUUAGUGAGCGGUGGUCUCGCUGCCGCAAUGGCAAAUGUCGUAUUAAUUGGUUAUAUCGUUGUGGCAUUCAGUGAAGAUACCACUAAUAUUUCAACGAAGGAGCAAAAGAAAGAAGAUUAA